AUGGAUUUAGUGAAACUGCUUAGCCAAUGCUAUGAUGGAGCCAACGUAAUGAGUGGUGAUCAUGGCGGAAUCCAGACGAUUAUUCAACAAAAAUUGGAACGGACCAUCCCCUAUGUUCACUGUUUCAAUCACCGCUUGCAUUUAGUUGUGAUUUCUGCAAUAGAGGAUAUUCAAGCACCGUCGUUGUUUUUCGGUCAAAUCAAAAUGUUAUACAACUUUUUCUCGCGAUGGAAGGUCAAACAAAUAUACAAAGGAACAGUUAUUUCCAAGGUGAUUGAGACGCGUUGGUCGGGUCAUAAACGUGCAAUUGAUGCUGUUCAUAAUAACUACAGAGCAAUUAUCGACGCGUUGAACGAAAUCAAAUCAGGAACCAAGGUCAAGUUUGACGGUGAAGAUAUUGCAUUGGCAAUUGGGAUUUUGAACGCAAUUCAACAUCCAGAAUUCAUUUUCAUGCUCUUGUUUUUGAAAACAGUGUUGGAUUUAUUGGAACCAACCAAUAAACUACUGCAAUCACGAGAAAUGAGCUAUGUCACAGCAAUGCCAUUAAUUGAUUUGGUCAUCGAAGAAAUGAAAAAGAUGCAAAACGAAGAAAACUAUAAUGAUUUUCAAAGUAAAGCAACUGAAUUUAUGACUACAAAUGAAUUGCCACCAAUCCGAGAAAGCCGAAAUCGACAACAGUCUAUAUUAUUAUCUGACUAUGAAGUGAUGGAAACGACUGGUCAAAGAGAUCCCAACCGUAUUCAAACUGCAUAUUAUGAAGUUCUGAAAGUAAUGGUGGAUGAAAUGAAUCGCAGAUUUACUGAAAAUUCGGGUAUUUUGCAAGCUAUAAGCUCUUGUAAUGAAAUGAAUUUGCAAUCACUCAAGCCUCUUUCAAGCAUUGGAAUCGAGUUACCCAGUGAAAAUGAAAUGCAAACUGCCAAAGCGUAUAUUGACAAGAAAAGAAGCGAAGAAAAUGCUGAUAGCGCGAUAUUGGAAUUAUUGCAACCAGUGAAAGCGGCAUUCCCAACGGUGUAUAAACUGUACUGUUUGAUAUACACAUUCGGCUGUAGCACAUCAGUUUGUGAAACAUCAUUUUCUGCAUUAUCAAGAAUUGAUAUCGUCAAGCGUUCAUCAAUGAAUAGCAAACGUUUAUGUGAUUUAUCUUUCUUGGCGUAUAACAAAUAUGUACUCAACAAUAUGUGCGAUGAAGAAAUAAUGCAAAAAUUCAAUAAAGCAAAUCGACGCAUAUUGUUCUAA